GGUAGGUCCCCGGGGGCUGCCCUGGGCCAGGCAGGCGCCAGCGGCACCUGGAAGAUGCGCCCCGUGGCUGCCAGUGCUUUCAAGGCUUGUUUCCUUGUCUUCGCAUCCCUGUGUGCCUGGUAUGGCGGGUACCUGCUCGCAGAGCUCAUUCCGGACGCACCCCUGUCCGGCACUGUCUAUAGCAUCCGGAGCAUCGGCAAGAAGCCAGUCCUCAAAGCCCCAGCCCCCAGAAGGCAGAAAUGUGACCACUGGACCGCGUGCCCCCCUAACACCUACGCCUACCGGUUGCUCAGCGGGGGCGGCAGAAACAACUACGCCAAGGUCUGCUUUGAGGACGAGCUGCUCAUAGGACAAAAGGUUGGAAAUGCCGCCACAGGAAUAAACAUUGCCAUCGUCAACUAUGCCACCGGGAAAGUGGCAGCAACACGAAGCUUUGACAUGCAUGAGGGUGAUAACUCUGGACCAAUGACGGAGUUUAUUCAGAGUGCUCCUCCGAAGUCCCUGCUCCUCAUGGUGACCCAUGACGACGGAAGCACCAGAUUGAAGGACGAUGCCAAGAACGCCAUAGAAGCUCUCGGAAGCAAAGAAAUCAGAAACAUGCGGUUCAGGUCGAGCUGGGUAUUUAUUGCAGCGAAAGGCUUUGAACUCCCUGCAGAAAUUCAGAGAGAAAAGAUCAACCACUCCGAUGACAAGAAGAACAGGUACUCCGGCUGGCCGGCAGAGAUCCAGAUAGAAGGCUGCAUCCCCAGGGAACCCAGCUAGUGCCGCCUGCUCCCCAAUAAAUGUGUUUUGUAUGAACAAAUGCAGCUGGAAUCGCCAGAGAAUACUAUCCCUUUAAUUCCCACAGUCAAUUUUUAAAGUGUUUCAAGUUUGUUAUAAACCAAUGAACA